CCGAGUUGACAGCUGUGGGGAGGUAGUUUUCUCUCAGAUAUAACAGCCGCUUUUUGUUAUUAGCGCGUAAUUAUAAUGUUUUAAUAUAACGUAUUGUUGCUUAUAACACAUCAGCACUGUCCAACAUGCCUCUCUCCAGGCACAGAAGCUUGCAAUUGCAAGUGUUUAUGGUCUUAAUAGGACUGUGCGCAUGUUUUACCGAUGUGGAUCCCAUAUCAACUGCAACGGUAAUGCAAACAGAUGGGGAUACAUUCAAAAUCGAGGGCCGAGCGAUUGUUCCUGGUGUGCGACUGCAGGAAUGGAUUUCAACAGCUCGUGUUGUUGUCGAGGGAGAGGAACACAUCGGGUUUUUCAGAAUUGAUGGGAGCUUCGCUGUCAACGAUGUGCCACCCGGUUCCUAUGUGGUUCAAAUACUUUCACCAGUGUACAGAUUUGAACCUGUCCGAGUUGACAUCACAACAAAAGGCAAAAUGAGAGCGCGCAUCGUCAACUACAUCAAACCAACGGAAGUGUUGAGGCUUCCAUAUCCGCUUCAGAUGAGGGCCAUUGGGCUGCAGUCCUACUUCAUAAAGAGAGAGACCUGGGGAUGGUCUGAUUUUCUCAUGAAUCCAAUGGUUAUGAUGAUGGUGCUUCCUUUGGUGAUAAUCGUUCUCUUGCCAAAAGUUGUGAACACAAAUGAUCCAGAAAUGAGAAGGGAGAUGGAGCAGUCCAUGAACAUGCUGAAUCCCAACCACGAGCUGCCAGACGUGUCGGAGUUCAUGACCAAGCUGUUUUCCUCCAAGAGCCCCAGCAGAAGUGGAGGAGGCGGCGGCGGGGGACGGGGUCCGAAGGGAGGUGUGGCCAAGAGGAGGUAGCGCCCCCCCUGCAGUUCUGACCUUUGACCUCAGCAGAGACCACCCUGAGCCCUUCUCUCCCCCAAAGGGACGGCACCUGUGAAUUGUAAUCCUGCUCUUGCGUUUUAUUGAAAACCUCCAACUACAGUUUGUAGUAAAACAUGUAAUUCACGUACGGUACAUUCACCCUAAAUUAAAGGUCAUUAGCGUCCAACUUAUGUCAAUUCACAUUUUUAGCUAAGCCCUGAAAAUAGCAGUCCUUGGCUGGCAUCUUAGAAACGGAAUUGCCUAUCGCCUCACGACUUGCAUCACCAAUGCCAAUAAAAUGUUAAGAUCAAGUAGGAUCAAAUGUGUCAACAGACAGGGCUGUUACUUGGGUUCCCAAGAAUAGGACAAGAUGCAGUAGUCUCUCAACAGAUGUGUUGACUAAACAAAAAAUAAGGUUGUUCCUGUUACAUGAAUUAGUUACAUUGUCAUGUACUUGCACUGCACGUUAUGGUUAGGGUAAGUAAUAUACAGUGUAAGAACAUAAUAUCACAUGUUGAUACAUGUGCAGUAGUUGCACUACAAUUAUAAAGACAUUGUAAAAUAAAGUCUUACCAAAAAACAAUGAGGUCAAAGCCUGCAUCUGGAACUUUCACUCCAUGUGGCAUUUAGUUAGAUAAACAGUAAACCCCUAAGCUUAUUUUAUUCAUAGGCCAUAUCUCAAUCAUUUAGUUGAAGGUCAUAGAUCUGUUAGGCAAUGCAUUGAAGAUACACUGGACAGAGAGAUGCUGUGAGAAUCAAUAUGACUCUUUUGCUUGAUUUAUUGCCUUUUGUAGCCAGUCAUGAUUGCUUUGUUGGCCUUUCUCUCAACAUGAUAUUUUAUCAGCACAUUUCACCCUUAACUGACUUUUUUGUUUUUCAUUUAGAUUUCAACCCUUUGUGGUGCCUUUGAAGUCAUCUUCCCACUAGAGCGCUUUACAAUCACUCCGUGUGCAUUCAUUUCUUAUGUGUGCCAUAGCAUAGCAAAGGAUUCGAAUAGAAUGCCUUGUCGGCCAUGAUGGAAGGUGAACGUUUUCAGAUUGUUUACAAUGUAGGUAAUAGAUGAAUGGGGAGAGUGUUGUUAAUUUAUUAAAGACAGAUUUAAAGACGAGGAUUCAUAAAGAAAAAUAUAUUAUUUAUUGAAAUAAACUUUGCUGAUGUGUGGACUAGAUGUGAUGCAUUUAAUGCUAAG